AUGCCGGGGCUUGGCGUAGGAAUCGGCGCAGGAGUGGGCGCGGGAAACCAGAUUCCCCUUCCUUCCAGCGAAAACUGGUGGGAGCGGCGCGUGCCCGCGAACAUGCGACACGUGGCGAACACAGCGGAAUUCGUGGAGGCGCUAGGCGCAGCGGGGGAUAAGCUCGUGGUGGUUGACUUUUUCGGGACCUGGUGCCGCUCGUGCCGCGCCAUGCACCCUAAGCUCUGCAUGCUAGCGUCGAGGCAUCCGGACGUCAUCUUCCUGCAGGUCGAGUUCGACCCCAACAAGCAGCUGUGCCGGUCGCUCGGAAUCAAGCGGCUGCCUUUCUUCCACUUCUAUCGGGGCGCUGACGGGCUGCUAGACGCUUUCCCCGCCACCCUUACUUCGAGCGCUGACGGCCUGCUGGACGCCGGUACGUCGUGCCCUGUCACCCUCACUUCGGUACCUCGUGCUGGGAGCAUCCUCUAA